ACUCACAGCACUCCUUCUCCCUCCUGUUCAGAUCUUUAACUUCCUUCUCCCUAUACCCCCUCAUCCCCCACUCCUUACCCCCCCCACUUCCUCUUUGCUAUUCCCCCUUCCCGUUGUCCACCCCCUACUUACAGAAGACAGAGCUUUUGCAGACUCAGUUUAUUAUCGUUGUACUGGUCUAGACAGCAGAAGUUAGCUAGUUGUCACUUGUUGUUUCUGCACAGCUGGUGGACACCGUUUUGAGUCCGUAACUAGCGAAGAGUCAGAGCAGACAGGCCUCAGCAUGAGCCUUCCUGAGGCCCCUCCGACAGCACAGCACAUGCUCCCAGACGGCUUCUGUGUCCUGCGCACCAUUGGGGAAGGGACCUACUCCAUCAUCCGGCUGGCCAGAGAUCUGUGCAGCGGAGAGGAAGUCGUCAUCAAGGUCAUGAGGAAGUGGGAUGCCUUGGGCCGGGAGACCGUGCACAGGGAGCGGGCCAUCAUGCAAAGCUUGAAUCACCCCAACAUCUUGCCGCUGCUGGGCACCAUCGAGGAGGAAGACAGGCUGCUCCUGGUCCUGCCCUACGUGAGGGGGGGAGACCUGGGGGACUACCUGCUGCAGCACGGCCCCCUGAGGGAGGAGCAGGCCCGAGGGGUGUUCAGGCAGCUGGUGUCGGCCGUGCAGUACUGCCACGCCAAAGGCAUAGCUCACAGGGACCUGAAGCCCGAGAACAUUCUCCUAGAGAGCCGGGGCCGGGUCAAGGUCAUCGACUUUGGUCUGAGUGUCAACUUUCUGCAGCAGACAAUGGACACCCUGUGCGGCACACCAGUUUACAUGGCACCUGAAAUCAUGCUGGGGGGCUGCUACGGGCCCGGGGUGGACAUCUGGAGCCUGGGGGUGGUGCUCUACACCAUGGUGACAGGUCACCGGCCAUUUGUGCCGGCAGGAUUCGGGAAGCCUUAUCCAAGCACGCGCUUUAGACUGCCUCACCUGCUGUCCUCAGCCCUCCGACACCUUCUGGUCUCCAUGAUCAGACAUGACCCGCGGGCGAGAGUCGGGUGGGAAGAGAUCAUGCGCCACCCUUGGGUGACACUCCACUCAGAAGCAAUGACGCCCUAUGUCGAGCCCACCCACUCCUGUGCGCCCACACAGAAGGUGUGUGUGGACACACGGGUCAGCAAUCGUCCACCGGCCUUGCUUACUGACUCCCGGGGGGACAACAAGGCCCAGGGGCCUGACCACCCACCCAAGUGCGCCAGAGUCCCCGUCAGGCUGGACCUCUCUCUGGUCACCCCCAGCGCUGCCCCCACUGGCCAGCCCAUCCCUCCCAGGCAUCCUCUCAGAGUCUUCUCAGAGAGGCGGUGCGCAUCCUGCCCACCAGCCUUGAGCACCAGCUCCCGUGAGGAAGACGAGGCCCGGGAGCCUGGCGAUCUCUCCAAGUGCAUCAGUCUCCCCCUCAGGCUGCAUCCCACUGUGGCCACCCCCAGCCCCGGCCCCCCGCCCUUGCCUCCAAACACACCUCACACUAGCUGCACUGGCUCUGUCCCCUCCACGGAAAUCACCCCUGGUUCUGGGGACAAGAGCUGCCCUCCCUCUAGCCAGAGCCCAGCAGCCUUUACCUGCUCCCCCUCCAGCCAAAAACCAGCAGCCAGCGCCUGGCCCCCCUCUAGCCAGAGACCAGCAGUCAGCUGCCCCAACUCCAGCCAGAGACCAGUGACCAGAUGCCCCCCCUCCAGCCAGAGACCAGCAGUCAGCUCCCCCAACUCCAGCCAGAGACCAGUGACCAAAUGCCCC